ACGUGGUUCAUGCAAACGCCCAAAGGUGAAUGUCUAAAGCUUCGGAGCACUCAAGAGACGUUUAUGAAUGAAGUGUCUUUUGCAUUGCGGAGAAAUAUGGACAGCCCGCGCGGCGUAGUGCAGCUGGUGAGCCCACGCGCACAGUUAGUUGGCUGACACUUCGGAUACUUUGUCAGUUACUUUACGGUCGACAACUUGUGUAUCUGUACUGUUGGGGAAGCGCUCUGUGACCAGGGAAAAACUGGAACCGAAACAACUGCUGAAUCUGCAGACCGAGGUUCAAUAUGGAUAUGUCUAAACGAAUGCUGGUUCUAUAUCUAACCUGUUCGCUCGGACCUAUACUGUCUGUCCAGAUGUGUGAGGUCAUGUGGGAGCUGGAGGCAGAGAAAAGAGAGUGUUUGUCCAAGCUGGAAAAUUUCACAUCAGGUUGCACAGGUGAAUGGGACCUAGCAUGCUGGCCAUCAGCCAGGAUUGGAGAGUUGGUAACCAUCCCCUGCCCAAAUUACUUCAGCCAUGUCAGUGAUCAGAGAGGAAAUAUAUCGAAGAGCUGUACUGCCAAUGGCUGGACCGAAAUAAACCCAGUUGUCGUUGCGUUUAAUUGUGGCUACGACCCCAAUAUCACAGAGGAUGGAAAUGUGGGUGAAUUCCUGGGCUCUGUGAGAAUUGGAUACACCAUUGGUCACACUGUGUCUCUUAUAUCCCUUAUCAUUGCCAUUAUUAUACUGUGCUUUUUCAGAAAACUCCACUGCACAAGGAACUACAUCCAUAUUCACCUGUUCAUGUCCUUUAUACUAAAAGCUGUUGCUGUGAUUAUGAAGGAUGUAGUCCUGUAUGAGGUGGAGGAACCUGACGACUGCCACUAUGGAUCUGUGAGCUGCAAGGCUGCAGUGGUGUUCUUCCAGUAUGGCGUCAUGGCCAGUUUCUUCUGGUUAUUGGUGGAAGGUCUUUAUCUCCAUGCUCUACUGGCUGUAUCCUUCUUCUCUGAGAGGAAGUACUUUUGGUGGUACAUUCUCAUUGGAUGGGGAGUUCCAGGUGUCUUCAUAACAAUCUGGAGCAUCACAAAAGCUUAUUUACAUGAUAUUGGAUGCUGGGAUUUUAUUGAUGAUGAUCUGUGGUGGAUUAUAAGAACCCCUACUUUGAUAACAAUACUGAUGAACUUUAUUCUCUUCAUUUGUAUCAUCCGGAUACUUCGACAGAAAAUCAGUUGCCGAGAUAUUGGGAGAAAUGGCUCACACCAGUACUCGAGACUGGCAAAAUCAACUUUACUUUUGAUUCCUCUGUUUGGAAUAAACUACAUAAUCUUUGCCUUCAUGCCUUAUCAUAUAGAGUCUAAUGUGCGUCUGGUAUUUGACUUGAUCCUGGGGUCCUUUCAGGGAUCUUGUGUCGCUGUCCUGUACUGUUUUCUAAAUGGAGAGGUUCAGUCUGAGAUAAAACGAAAAUGGAGGCGGUGGCACAUGCAGAGAUUUCUGGGAGCUGACACCAAGUACCAGCAGCCCUCGAUGGCAAGCAACGGCAUCAACUUUAGCUCUCAAAUCACAAUGAUGACUAAAUGCAGCCCCAACACACGCAGGGCCUCCGCCUGCCAAGAUGACUUCUCUACUGUCUAAGCGCAGAGUGAUGCUCCGUCUAUGAUGAGAGACAGAGACCAAUGAGUCUGUGCUUUGCAAGCACUCACACCACCAUCAGUCAUCUCCAAGGUUGCAGCUCAACUCUAUCCUGUAGGAACUUUGCAUCUCACUGCUCAGUAGCAAUGGAUCGGAAACAGCGCACCUCAGUGCUCAUUGUUGUUGGUUUGGCACGAGACAUACAUGAACUCUUCAUUUAUAAUGAUGUAUCCUCAUAGCCAUCCCAUUAUACACAUUGUUUAGGGAGAACUCUGAUGGAAUAAAGGGAAAUACAAAGGUGAAAUGGACAUGUUUUGACAUUUGAAUGUUUUUAACUAAACUACUGACUCUGAACAGCAAGGGACACUGUCUUUAGUAAAAGGGUGCAAUCGAAGCAUGUUCAUAAAGAGACGGUUCAUUCAGUAAAUUUAAAUUGUGUCAACAUUUAUGCACACUCAUGUUGUUUCAAACUUGCAUGCAUUUUAUCUUUGGUGGAACACAUAAAAAUUAAAAGUGAAUAGUGACUGAAGCUGUCAUUCUCCCUAACAUUUGUCAGUUGUUAGGUGAACUAUCCCGUAAACCUUAGCCUUACACACCCAUGAGAAUGUUGAUGAAUAAUACUGUGGAACACUCAAUGCAUAAUGAGAGAGACUACAUUUGAAUUGUGAUCUCCAUUCAAAGGCACCCUCCUGUACACAACAAAACAUGCAUAAUCCUCAGUGUUGGUGUUUGGUGUCUGUGAUGGCAUACUGUUUUGUUAUUGUUUUUCCCUGCCCUUAUGAUGCUCAAGAACUCAUUUCUUAGAAUGUUAAUAACCUAGUAAGCUAAAUGGUGACUUUUUUUUGUCUCUAGAGACUUAGUUUUAUUUUUAUCCCCUUUCUUAUUCCUGGAAAAAUUAAUGUGAAUGACUUAGACAAUCUGACAUUCUGCUAAAGUCCUAUUUGUAACGAUGCUGGCAAUGACAGGCAGACGAUGAUGAAGUGAAGAACCCAGGUGCAGUUUAUUUACAUGAAGAGUGAUAUCCAGAAACUGUGAACAGAAAACAUGAACUUGACUUGCAAACAUAGUUACAUAAACACAAUACCUGACAAAAGACCAUAGCAAACAUGAGGGUAUAAAUACAUGGACAAGGGUAACAAGACAACCAAUGAACAGACAGAACUAGAAACAAGAUAACAAGACUAAUAAACUAAAACCAAUGACAAACUAGAACUGAUAAUGAGUUAACAAGACAAUAAACCAAUGAAAACAAGACACAUGAACAUGGAGAGAAACAGGAUGAUCACAUGACUUGACAUGGAAACAGGGAACCACAUGACAUGGCAGGGAAACAGGAAAUAACAUGACAAGGAACAACUUUUCAAAAUAAAAGACAAACAAAAAACAUGAACAAAACACACGUCUAGAAAAAAUCUAGACGUGACACUAUUUUUUAAUCCUACCCAUUUGUGUCAUGACCUUGUGUUUUAGUGCACAAGUGGACAAAAAUAAAUGUCUCUAAUUGAGAGUCAUUAAAAGCAUGUUUCUAUUUACUGCUGAAUUAAAGUACUGUGUGUCAAUCUAAAUGGUUCCUUGCUGUGUUUUAUGGUUGUGAUUUAUGAUUUAAAGUAAUUGUAUUUAUGAAAAAUUGCAUGGGUUGUGUAACUGUGCACUUGUUGCUUAUAAAGACAAUAGUCUAAAUUGCUUUCUCUUAGAAGAAUAGUCUUUGUUAAAGUUUUUUUCUUUUUUUUUUUUUGGCGGGGGACCAGAAAAUCUGUGCCUGUCAAAAAUAUGUGUAGUGUUACUUGUAGCUGUUGUUGCUGGCAUGUCCUCCAUGUUUGCGUACGCAGUUCUUUUACCUCAGUGUGAAUGAGAUGUACAGUCAAGAGGAAAUGUCUCUAAAAAUGUUGUUGCUAUUUUAUAAAAGUGUCUCGUAUAUGUUAUCAAGAAUACAGAACAUUUUUAUUACAUUAGAUAUGU